AUGCGUCUUACCAUCGCUGCAACCCUCGUCGCUCUAUCUUCUGCCGCGUUCGGCUGGGAUAUUACAGUAUACAAGGACCUUUUUUGUAACGAGAAUGAUGUCGGCAAUUUUGAAUACUACAUAUUCGAGGGAGAGGGUGACAUGCCGUAUUGCGCUGGCAUAUCAGCGAAAGACUUUCCAGAUGGUGUGACAUGCACCCACUACUACGAAGGAGGAGCUAAGAAUGAUGCCUGCAACGGCCAGUUCGAUAAGGGCAUGUCCCUCAACGUCAGAAGGGGAAGAGUGACGUUCUAUACCGUGUAUGACGAUGACUCUGCUCAGCCAGAUGAUAAAAGAUGCCCUGCUGGUGACGGCCUUUUGGAUGGGUUUCCGAACGACUCGGGUAGCGUUGGCUUCACCCCUACCACGCCUGGUGGAUGUGUGAACAUGGAUAAAAAAAAUGAUUACCACUAUCCCGGAGUGAUGGGGUUCUGGGCGUUGGAAGGCCCCCCGGUCGGUAACUGA